UGAAUCAUCUUUGGAGGGUACCCUCCAGAGACUUUCUGGUACCCUUCACAUUAUUCACCAGCAAAAUUUCAAAAUCUAUGCUCUUAAGUGAUGUAUUUUAGACAACUCACGAAUGUCAACAGAUAACAUACAUUCAUGUCAGUGUUUGAUAAACUUCACUGGAAUGUAUUCUUCCUUCAAUUGAGUUGAAUUAUUGGGUCAUUAUUGCAAUUAAAUGAAUGCGAAGAUGUUCAAGGGAAACUAUCUUAACUUUUAUUAAUGAAACAAUGAAUAUUAGCUCUCACUCAGCUUGUGGUAAAAGGGAAAAUGUUGAAAUUUGGUUCCAAACAUGACAGUAAUAUUAUUUAUAAAUGUACAGUUAGAUUAUUAGAGGAUACAGAGAUAUUGGAAUGCGAAUAUAGGUUACAUCAUAAGGGUAAAUAUCUAUUGGAAUAUGUGUGCCAACAGUUGAAUUUGGUUGAACAAGAUUAUUUUGGGCUUCGAUAUGUUGAUAUUACGAACCAGAGGCAUUGGUUAGAUUUGGAGAAAUCCAUAUAUAAGCAAGUUAAAGACUUAGAUCCUGUAUUAUUCAGCUUUCGUGUAAAAUUUUACCCACCCGAUCCUUUCAAAUUGAAGGAAGAGAUUACACGCUACCAAAUUUUUUUACAAUUAAAGCGAGAUUUAUUACAUGGAAGGUUGUGUUGUCGCAAUGAAGAUGCAGCAAUGUUAGCUGCUCUUGUGAUACAAAGUGAACUUGGAGAUUAUGAUCCAGACAUCCAUGAGGGAAAUUAUGUUUCUGAUUUGAAAAUAUUAUUGAAACAAACACCAUCAAUUGAAGAAAAAGCAAUGGAAAUUCAUCAGAAGCAAUUAAAAGGGGAGGAUCCGUCCCAGAUUGAAAAUAAAUUUUUAAAAGUAGCAUGUCCUCUAGAUACCUACGGUAUAGAUCCACAUCCAGUAAAGUUUCAGGAUCAUAAAAGUAAUGUCUUAUACCUCGGAAUCAACUAUACUGGAAUAUUAACCAUUCAAGGUAGUAAAAAAACACACCAUUUCAAAUGGUCUGAUAUACAAAAAUUGAAUUAUGAAGGUAAAAUGUUCAUCAUACAUCUUGGAGUUAAUGAGAAGAAGCAUACUGUGGGUUUCAAAUGUGCAACAGGGGCUUCAUGCAGACAUAUUUGGAGGUGUGCUGUAGAACAGAUGUUAUUCUUCACCUUGCCAACUGGAUCUGAUAGUAGGGCUGUGGUAACAGGAGGAGGUUUAUUUUCUUGGGGCACAAAGUUCAAAUACAGUGGAAGAACAGAGAGGGAGAUAAUGGAAAGUUCAAAUUCGUUGAGUAGGGAAGAACCCUCUAUCAAAAGAACUUCUAGUUUGCGUCGUAAAGCUUCUAGUGUACCUGCUACUCCAUCAACACCUUUACAACCACACUUAGGUUAUAGUACAUUACCAAGAUCCAGCCAAUCAGACUCUGGUGGCUCAAGAAUGGAAACUAGCAGUAGUACGGGAUUUCUCACUAACCUAGACAAUUUUCCAAUUUAUAGUGAUGUAGCUGCCUUAGAAACUGUAACAGAAGAUCAUGAAACUUUAGGAUUGCCAAAAUUACACACUUCAGUAUUGAAGGACGAUUCUAUCGACCAUUUCAGCGAUUACUACAUGAAAGAUUCAUUUGAUCACUCAUCGUCUGAAUCUCAGCUUAUUGAUAGUAGUUUCAAAGAUACAACUAAUUUAUCAUAUAGAUCAAGCCGCAGUCAAACUCCCCAGCUUUCUCACUCUCAGGUCGAUGGUAGAAUAUGCUUGCCAAACUCGUCUCAUCAUGUUUCUACUAAUAUAAAGAAAAUUAAAAAAAUUUAUAUGAUCAAAAGGCUUAUACCAAUUUCUAUUGUGGUAAUUGUAUUUGUUAUUAUAACCACCAUUGUGAUUUGUGAAACUGAUCUUGGAAAUUUAGGAGGCUUCAAAGAAAUUCCAGAAAUGAUAUCUCUUAGAUAUCAGUUCUAUGAACCAAUUAAACAGUAUUUCAAGAGCAAAAUUUCUUCUUGAAUAUGCAUAGUUACAAUCACCAAUAAGAACUUAUUUUGUUUUGGAUUGCUUUCAAAACUAUUUCAGAUCUCUGUUAUUGAGUCAAUUUGAGCUCGAAUCAGAAUGGAUUUCAGUAAGUCAAUUCAACUCUGAUUAUGGUAUUCACAAUUUCCCUAGUUCUUCUAGAGCAAAAAUGUAGUUUUCACAUCUUGAAACAGCAUUCUAGGACAUCAAAAUGUAUUAAGAUAGUCCGGAGACAGGUGAUAAUUCAAAAAUAAGAACGAUUUGUUAAUUGAAAAGAUAAUAAUGCACUGUUUCAUCACUGGAAAAAGUUGUGCUAUUCUUUGUGUUUAUGAAGAACCAAGGAAAUGAUUACAUUCAGGGAAAAAACCUGCAAGUGUUCCUUAACACCAUCUGGAAGUACUGAAAAAAGUAUACAAUCUCAUACAUUCCAAUGCUUUCUUCAAUUAUAGCUUUUGUAAGUUUUUUCUUGAAAAAACACAAUGCACUAAGAAUUGGUAAAGGUAUAUAAUUGAAAAAAAGACAAUUUUUAUUAUGUGAUUCUUAAGCUUAGUCACCUUGCGUACAAAUUAAUGAUAUAGCAAUAAGAAAUGUUUUUUUACUCUUUUUGAAAGUAUUUUUUAUUUUUGGUACUUAUGAGAAAUGAAUAAUAAGACGUGAAAGUUUCUCUGCACUCGAUUGUUAUUGA